CUGCCUCGGGCGGUGACGUCGUGCUGGGCCCGUGGUGAAGCAACCUCGCUCGCGGGCUAUCGCCGUCCGGCCGCGUCCGGCCCCGCAGCGUGCGAUAGGCUUUCAGCAAAUAGGAUAACUUUGAGCUUUCAAUAUGAUCAUUUCAUAUGGCAAGAACUGGCUGCCUCGGGGCUCCUCAAGCAGGGAUGACAGGCGAGGCGGGCUGGGAGCAGCUGCAGCGGCUCGUCUGGCCCCAAGGUGAAGCUGCCUAAAUCUGCUGCUGUAGAGAUGUCGCAGCAAAAAAUCAUUCUGGCCUCAAAGAAACUCAGGUCUUGUCAGCAGCUUCUGCCACCACCUGGGGUCAAGCUGAUUGCAUUCACCUGUAACAUUGCUGCUAAACAAAUGGCAGCACAAUGUGUGACAAAGGUGGAGCUGUCAAUCUCCUGCAACAAUCUGUUGGAUAAAGAUGUUGGUUCAAAGUCAGACCCACUCUGCGUGCUUCUCCAGAAUACAAGUGGGCAGCAGUGGUACGAGCUUGAUCGCACAGAAAGGAUUAAGAAUUCCUUGAACCCAAAUUUUUCCAAGAAAUUCCUCAUUGAUUACUAUUUUGAGCUCGUUCAGAAGCUCAAAUUUGGAAUUUAUGACAUUGACAACAAAACCAUUGAGCUGAAUGAUGAUGACUUCCUGGGAGAAUUUGACUGUACUCUUGGACAAAUAGUCUCCACCAAGACACUAACAAGACCAUUAGUUUUUAAAAAUGGCAAGCCUGCUGGGAAAGGAAGCAUUACGAUUACAGCAGAAGAAGUAAAAGAUAACAGAGUGGUCUUAUUGGAAGUAGAAGCAAGGAAACUAGACAAUAAGGAUUUCUUUGGGAAGUCGGACCCAUAUUUGGAAUUCCACAAGCAAACGUCAGAAGGAAACUGGGUGAUGGUUCACAGAACAGAGGUUAUUAAAAACAACCUGAAUCCUGUUUGGAGGCCCUUUAAAAUAUCUCUCAAUUCUCUAUGCUACAGUGACAUGGAGAAACCAAUUAAGGUACAGUGUUAUGACUAUGACAGCGAUGGAUCUCACGACCUUAUAGGCACUUUUCAAACAACAAUGUCAAAGCUGAAGGAGGCAUCCCGGUCCUCACCAGUUGAAUUUGAAUGCAUCAAUGAGAAGAAAAAACAAAAGAAGAAAAGCUACAGAAACUCUGGAAUUGUGUGUGUAAAACAUUGUGAGGUUAUAAUGGAAUGCACAUUCCUUGAUUACAUCAUGGGAGGAUGUCAGCUGAAUUUCACUGUGGGAAUAGAUUUUACAGGCUCCAAUGGUGACCCUCGCUCCCCAGAUUCCCUGCAUUACCUUAGCCCUAAUGGAGUUAAUGAAUACCUGUCAGCCAUUUGGUCCGUGGGAAUGGUUGUUCAGGACUAUGAUACAGAUAAGAUGUUUCCAGCCUUUGGAUUUGGUGCACAAAUUCCUCCUUCCUUUCAGGUGUCACAUGAGUUUCCAUUAAAUUUUAACCCCUCAAAUCCAUUUUGCAAUGGAGUACAAGGCAUUGUUGAAGCGUAUCGAGCAUGCCUUCCACAAGUAAAACUAUAUGGACCAACAAAUUUUUCUCCAAUAAUAAACCAUGUGGCAAAAUUUGCUGCUGCAGCUGCACAGCAGCAGACAGCAUCUCAAUAUUUUGUGCUCCUUAUCAUAACGGAUGGUGUGAUAACAGACCUUGAUGCAACUAGAACUGCCAUAGUAAAUGCUUCAAAGCUUCCAAUGUCCAUUAUCAUUGUUGGUGUUGGAGGAGCUGACUUCAGUGCCAUGGAGUUUCUUGAUGGUGACAACGGAAGUCUCAGGUCCCCAUCAGGAGAGCCGGCUAUCAGAGACAUUGUCCAAUUUGUUCCAUUUAGGAAGUUCCAGAACGCUCCAAAAGAAGCUCUGGCUCAGUGUGUACUAGCAGAAGUGCCUCAGCAAGUGGUGAACUACUUUAACACAUACAAACUGCAGCCUCCCAAGAAUCCUGCGGCAAAGUGAGAGCUCUGAGUGGAAGAGACGAGGCUAACCUGCUUGCAGUUCCUGUGCCUCCUGCGUCAGCUGUAUCAACAGACUUUUGCUUGAUAUUCUCUUUAUACAUUCAUACAUGUUAAUAUUUGUGUCAACUUUCUCAUGGAAUCCCUAUGCUUUGCCAACAUUUUAUAUUUGAGAUAGACAGGAAUUCUGUUUAAUCCCCGUUACAAAUUAUAGUUCAGGUCUCAGAUGGGAAUGCUUUAGAAAAUAACAUUUGUCAAGAAUAAGCUGAAUAUAAUCGACAAUAAUACAAUAAUGAACUCAUUGUGUCAACAGAUUGGGUGUGGAACAGUUGCUUUGUGUUGCAAUGCCCAUGUAAUACUGCCAUCAAGCUAGUCCACUGUACCUUGUGGAGGAUCACCCCAAUAUACCAUGAUUUUUCAGUGGUGUAGAAAGAGCAUUUGUUUACAUGAAAGGACACAUGCUGGGAUGUACGUGCACUUGAACGCUUUGACUGUUGUGACUGUCAAAGCUCAUGUACAAACUCCCACAAAAUAAGUUUGCUCACCAUACACAAAAUAGCAGCUAAAUGUAGGUAAUGCAGAGGUAGAUCUUUAAAGAUACCUUUUCACACUACCUCCUGAAUUUUUAUUAUCUUGAUCAUUUGAGGGAUUCUGGACCACUUUAAUAUUAGUUAAAUUGAUGAAACAGUAAAUGUUAAAACUAUUUCAUAGUAUGCAGCUUAUAAUUGUGCUGCUAUAGAUGCAACCAGCUGCCUAAAGUAAUGGUAACUAACUGUCUAACCAGCAUUUCAAAACUAAUUCAACUGUUUGCCUCUAAGUAAUGUCGACCUGUCAGUGUAAAUUUUAUACAGAUCUUGAUACACUUGACAGUGUAGAGUGCUGAAAAACUAAGGUGCAUAUCACUACUUUUAUCUAAAACAAUCAUAAGGCUAAUUAUCAACUCUGGUUACUAUUACAACUCGGUUGCUAAAUGGGAAGGAUAGGAGUUUUCCCUUUUUAGUAAAAGUAUUGUUUGAUUUGUCAUCAUGUCAUAUGAAGACAAUUUUUUGAAAGUGCUCAGGAAUAUAUCUUUCGUUGAUAUCUUUUUACCUUUCGUUGAGUAGGUCUGGCAUUGUUCAUGCUUUCUAGUUGAAAUGUAUGGUCUCAAAAAGAUGUUAAUUUUCCAUAUGCUGUCUCAUGGAAGACCCCAAACUCCAUAUAAUCCUGUGAAUUUUAACACACUCCACUUGCACACUUGGUACCAACACAAACAACUCUUUUUGAUAUUACCAGUAUAUAUAAUACACAGUUGAAAUAAAACACAGUUUCAUCCCUUUCCAAAAUGUCUAUUUUGAACAUUAAUUUUUUGUAAUGAAGAAUCUGAAGUCAGCUGGAUUGAGGGCAAAGCCCCUUUGAUGAGGACCGAGUUGUAAACUCAUGAUGACCUGGAACACAUGUAGACUAACUGAACAUUCAGAUCCAUACAAUAGCCUUUCUUACUUGCUAGGUUAUGUACACAGGCCUCUCCUACCUGUUGGAACCUCUGUAUUUUGAUCUCCUUUAUCAUAUGGCUGCAAUGCCCUCUGUCUCAUUUUUGUGUGCUUGUUUUUCUGAUUUAUGUGCAUGUAUCACUAUUAUCUUACCAUGCUGUCUUGCACAGUUUGUGAAACAACCAAGAUGGGUUGUAGAUGGUUAAGUAGAAUGUUUAAUUAAUAUGAAUGAUGUGAUUUAUUUUCUAUCACAGAUGUCCCCAAAUACUGGUUCAUGUUAAGCCAAGUUCUACCUUUCUGUCUUAAUUUGAAUUUGAAUUUUUGCUUACAGUAUUGCCUUUUGUCAGUGUGGUCAAAAUAAAUUGCUACUUUAUAGGGACAGCAAUUAAUAUUGGGCACAGCAAAGUAUUAAAAGCAAGGAAACAGCCAGCACUAAACCUUAGUCGUACAGUUACAAAUUCAUAGGCGAUGUAUUCAUAGGAGUAAACUACUUCAAGUCCACAUGUGCCAGGUAGAGAGACCACUAAGGAGUGUUUGGGUUUUUUUUUAAGCAAAGGUCACUGAAAAGUAUACUAUAGUAUAGAAUAUGAUCCUUUGGU